AUGUGCACUUACAACUACGCCGCUCAAGCGAUGCGUGGAGUCAAGGCGAGAACCAACUUCGUUUACCCAUCUUCACCUCCUCAUUCAAUCAUCGACAAUCUCAUCCCUCUGUUUCACUACAAGAAAUCAUCUCAGUCCUCUAUGAGAUAUAUACCUAAUCGAAGCUUUGCUCCUCCUCCUCCUCCUCAUGUCGGUGACUUCUCUGGUUCUUCUCUCAGCAUGCUUCUCUUGCCUCAAACUAUGUCUAUGUACGAUCAAAUUCCAUAUAUCGAUCACUGUGGUUCUCAAUCAUAUACUGGGUCUCUCUCUGUUUUGCUCUUCUAA